ACAGUCAAUCAAAAUAGGAAAAAAAAAAAACCCCGGACCGCUCCGGCCGUGUCCGCCGCCGCUUCCCGCAUCCUCUCCCGCCGCCGCCGCCUUCGCUCCUCACCAUGUGUAAGGCGGCGGGGAGCCCCGCCUGAGGUGCCCCAAACACACUAUGACCGCAACAGCAGCAGCAGCCCCUUCCCCCAAGGGCUCGUCCGUCCAGGCCCCAGUCCGCCGGGAGCGCAUCCCCCCCGUGUGCGUGUGGGACUGGGAGAGAGGCGGCGACUCCCGAAAAGCCUGUGAAACAAGAGGAAAUGGCUGCCUUGGACGUGGACACCGGCGGCGGCGGCGGCGGCCACAGCGACUAUCUGCAGCACGGAAACGGCGCGGCGGCUGCGGCGGCGACGACGACGACGGCCCAGGACACCCAGCCGUCACCGCUCGCCCUGCUGGCCGCCACCUGCAGCAAGAUAGGGCCGCCAUCGCCCGACGACCCCGAGGAGGCGGCCGCCGCCGGAGCUCAGCCCGCCGGGGCGACAGGUGAUUUGGCUUCUGUACAGUUAGGAGGAACGCCAAAUAGAUGGGAGGUUUUGACCGCAACACCCACCACUAUAAAAGAUGAAGCUGGUAAUAUAGUUCAGAUUCCAGGUCCUGCUGCAGUCACUUCAAGUGGGCAAUAUGUCCUUCCCCUUCAGAGUUUGCAGAAUCAGCAAAUAUUUUCAGUUGCACCAGGAUCAGAUUCAUCCAAUGGUACAGUGUCCAAUGUCCAAUAUCAAGUAAUUCCCCAAAUUCAGACUACGGAUGGUCAGCAGGUCCAGAUUGGCUUCACAGGUUCUUCAGACAACGGAGGUAUAAAUCAAGAAAGUGGUCAAAUUCAGAUCCUUCCUGGCUCUAAUCAAGGCGUACUUACCUCCGGAACACCGCCUGCUAAUAUUCAGAAUCUCUUAUCACAGACUGGUCAAGUCCAGGUUCAGGGAGUUGCAAUUGGAGGCUCAUCCUUUCCUGGACAAGCCCAAGUAGUUGCUAACGUGCCUCUUGGUCUGCCAGGAAAUAUUACUUUUGUACCAAUCAAUAGCGUGGAUCUAGAUUCUCUGGGACUCUCGGGCAGUUCUCAGACCAUGACAGCAGGCAUUAAUGCAGAUGGACAUUUGAUAAACACCGGACAAGCCAUGGAUAGCUCAGACACUUCUGAAAGGACUGGUGAGCAAGUUUCUCCUGAAAUCAAUGAAACUAACACUGAUACAGAUUUAUUUGUGCCAACGUCCUCCUCUUCACAGUUGCCUGUUACAAUAGAUAGUACAGGUAUAUUGCAACAGAACACCAACAGCUUGACCACUUCUGGUGGGCAGGUGCAUUCUUCUGAUAUUCAGGGAAAUUACAUCCAGACACCUGUCUCUGAUGAGACGCAGGCUCAGAAUAUUCAGGUCUCCACAGCACAGCCUAUUGUACAGCAUCUACAACUUCAAGAGUCUCAACAGCCAACCAGUCAAGCCCAAAUUGUGCAAGGUAUUGCACCACAGACAAUCCAUGGUGUGCAAGCCAGUGGUCAAAGUAUAUCGCAACAGGCUUUGCAAAAUCUUCAGUUGCAGCUGAAUCCUGGAACUUUUUUAAUUCAGGCACAGACAGUGACCCCUUCUGGACAGAUAACCUGGCAGACGUUUCAAGUGCAAGGAGUCCAAAAUUUACAAAACUUGCAAAUUCAGAAUACUUCGGCCCAACAAAUAACUCUAACACCUGUUCAGACUCUCACCCUUGGGCAAGUUGCAGCAGGUGGAGCCUUGACUUCGACUCCAGUUAGUCUAAGCACGGGUCAGUUGCCAAAUCUACAGACAGUUACAGUAAAUUCUAUAGACUCCACUGGCAUACAGCUACACCCAGGAGAAAAUGCUGACAGUCCUGCAGAUAUUCGGAUUAAAGAGGAGGAGCCUGAUCCAGAAGACUGGCAGCUCAGUGGCGAUUCUACAUUGAAUACGAAUGAUCUAACACAUUUAAGAGUACAGGUGGUAGAUGAAGAAGGGGACCAACCACAUCAAGAAGGAAAAAGGCUGCGACGGGUAGCUUGCACCUGUCCCAACUGUAAAGAAGGUGGUGGGAGAGGUGCCAAUCUUGGGAAGAAGAAACAGCACAUUUGUCAUAUACCAGGAUGUGGUAAAGUUUAUGGAAAGACCUCACAUCUAAGGGCACAUCUUCGUUGGCAUUCAGGAGAACGUCCCUUUGUUUGUACUUGGAUGUUUUGUGGUAAAAGAUUUACUCGCAGCGAUGAGUUACAGCGGCAUAGAAGAACACAUACAGGAGAAAAGAAGUUUGUCUGUCCAGAAUGUUCAAAACGCUUUAUGAGAAGUGACCAUCUUGCCAAACACAUUAAAACACAUCAGAAUAAAAAAGGUAUUCACUCUAGCAGUACAGUGCUGGCAUCCGUAGAAGCUUCCCGAGAUGAUACUUUGAUUACUGCAGGAGGAACGACACUUAUCCUUGCAAAUAUUCAACAAGGGUCUGUUUCAGGGAUAGGAACUGUUAAUACUUCCACCACCAGCAAUCAAGACAUCCUCACCAACACUGAAAUACCUUUACAACUUGUCACAGUUUCUGGAAAUGAGACAAUGGAGUAAAUAUUACACAAAUACCUAUUCAUUGUGGUUAUUUUUAUACAGUAGUGAGAAGAAUAUUGUUCCUAAGUUCUUAGAUAUCUUUUUAUUGAUGUGCAAAAAUUUUUGGAUUGACAGUAACUUGGUUAUACAUGACACUGAAAUGCCUUACUUUGUAUGAUAUUCCAUAGUAUAUAAAAAUGGUAAAAUUGCAUGGGUUUUGUAGGUACUUUUGGAAUCUAGAAGAGAUGAAAUUUUACCAAGUUAUAUAAAGAAAAAAAUGAAUUUAACCAUGGGAAAGGUAGUCUAACCAAAUGCAUCAAUCCUGUGUGGUUUAGUGUAAAAAUGAGAACAUGUUGGUAUUUAUCUAUUGUAAGAUAAAGAAGUUGGUGGGUGAAAGAAAUCAUGUUAUGAUAAAAAAAGUUUUGUAAUUUUCUUGAUGACUGGAAUUUUUAUUAUGCAUAACUGACAAAUCAAGUUUCCAAGCAAAUGUUACAUAGUGUAGGCUUUACUUAGCUCAUCAAUUUGUCAUUUUGAAGCUAAUUAUUUUAAUUAGGUUAACUAUGUACAAUAUUUUAAGCAUUACUCUUGUAAGAUUUUGAAAACUACAUUUUAACAUGGAACUCUAGGUAUAGUCACCUUUUAAAUCCUAUUGAAAAGCCAUGUUUAAGAUUUAAUUUGCCAAAAUGUCUUGUUAAUAUUCUUUCAGUAACAAAGUUGGGCAAUAUAACCAAUGUUUAAAAAAAGUUUCAAGUGUAUAGGUUGAGGCAUUUGGGUGGUAAGAAGAAUGUAUAGUGAAUUAUCCCUUUUCUUGAACAUUGGAGGACCAAAAAAAUAAGGUGUAUUGUGUCUCAGCAGUGAUUUUUAUCAAUCUUGUUUCCAAAACCCAUCUGUCUGCCAGGGCCUUAAAAGCCAUCAUGUAAAUUACCAGAAAAGUAUAACAUAUGCAAACAUAACAGAAAAUCACUUCCAUAGUGACAAUACUCCAACCACAUGGUUAUUAGUCAUAGAAAACUAGGGAUUUUACAAGGUGUUUUUUUUUUUAAGUUCUUUUGGCUAGGUAGUCAGUCUGCGUUUAAAUAUCAACCAUUUUCCUCUUUUGCUUUUUCCCUUAAAAUUUGUAUGUAUCCAGUACACUUAACUGAAAAACAUAUAUGUUUUUUAUUAUGCUGUAUUUUCUUUUUAUUUUUUAAUGUUUAUAUUUUCAGUUAGAAAAAUGUACAAAAUAAACAUUGCUGAUCUGUAAGAGCUCUACCAUUUUCCUAAAAUGUACAAAAUAACUGCAGCAGUUCACCUAUUGACAACCAUUUGGAAUUCUGUUCAUAUGUUAUUCUUAAAACCACCUCAAAUUUAAAGGCUACCUUAUUGUACGUUCAAAGUGUAUUAUAACAGUGUGGUAGUUAAUAAAACACUAUUUUUUUUCUUUUGA